AUGCCUGGAUGGCACCAACAGGGACAGAGGCCUCUGGAUGUCAUCGGCUCGGCCAACCAGAGGAACGGAGCCUACCGGAAGCUGCUGAAGCCUCACUCUGCUCGGUGGGGGGGCGGGGCGGGUGGGCAACUUGGAGAUCAACGCAGCCGAUGGUUCCCCUCUGAGGACCUGGAAAUCAAACCAGACCCGGCCACGGCCCACCGGAGGGUCUCCCAGCAGCCCUUGGGGGAGAAGACCUCAGCAGCCGUCGAGGUGAUGGGUAACAAGAGCACCAGUCCGCCCAGACGUCCUGAAGCUGGGGUCGCUCAGGAACAGGAAGUGGCGUCUGCUGACAGCAGCACAGACCAACCUCAGGGUCCCGGUCCGGAGCUGCUGGCCUCCCUGCAGACCCUCGGAGAACACAGUGACUGCACUCUGCUGCCGCGCUCCCUGCACCAGAUUGCAGAGGCCUACAGUCAGAGAGGGGAUUACCGCUGGGCCGUUCAGUUCCUCCAGCUGGAGAAACUCUACCAUGAGAGGCUGCUGGCCAACCUGGCCGCCCUGCAGGAGAGCUGGGAGAGCCGGUGCAGGAGCCAGACGGAGGCCGAGGGCAGUUUUCCUGUUGACUCAGACGGCAUCAGCCGGAAACACAUGGAGACGUUGAGCUACAUCUGCAAGACACACCACAGGCCCCCCGGCGGCGAGGAGCAGGAGCUGAGAGCGGCCCUGAGAGAGAGUCUGGGUCGGCCUUCGUCUCCCGCCGACGGUAAACACGCCGAGGAGCUGGACAGUGCUCCCUGCCGUAAGGAGGAAACACAAAUGAUGAGCCCAGAAUGUGAGCUUCCCUCCCGAACGAGCUGCCCGGAGGAGGAGGAUGGAGGGGAGGAAGAGGAGGAGGAGGAGGAGGAGCAGGAGCAGGAGCAGGAGCAGGAGCAGGAGCAGUGUGAGGAGACACCGGAGGAGGAGGUGAGGCUGGAGUGGCCGACGGGGGUCCCUCAGGCCUCAGACCAGGACCUGGCCAAGCUGUCCCACAAGGACGGGGACGGGCUGGUGUCCAUCCUGAAGAGGCGGCGAGCGUCCCUGGAUGGCCUGCCCCCCAGCAACAGCCCCGCCCAGCAGAGCUCCAGACGGAGGGUCCGCUUCAGCGAGCCGGAGGACGGCGCCGAGCCAGACGAGGUGGCCGGGGACUCCUGCCUGGUCCUGCUGCUGCUGUGUCUGGUCACUGUGGUGAUCAGCAUCGGCGGCACGGCGCUCUACUGCACCCUGGUGGACACCUACUCCAACAUCUGCUCCGACUUCUCCAGCAACGUGGACUUCUACGCCAGCAGCGUGCGGCGCCUCUUCUGGCUGCCCCGCCGCACCUAGGACGCCGUGCCGGGCGCCUCUUGGGCAGCCUGGGGCCCUGGCUCCCCCACCCCCCCCCCCCACACCUCUAGGGCGGGUAGGAGGCCGGGUCUCGGACUGGUCGCUCGGAGCAGCGAGUGGACCUCCAUCACGGAGGAAGAGCGGGAUGACGUCGACGCGCUGCAGAGAGAAACUGUUCACUGUUGCCACGACGACUCCCGGCUGGGAUGAAAACAGAUCUGACCUUUUAUUCUCCCUAAGAUUUUAACUUUGUAGCUGUGGAUAUGUUUAUUUGUCAGUUUCAGAGACUCCUUCUGCAAAGGUGUCAUAAAAAUAUAUAAUUAUAAUAUAACAAUGGUUUAUUUGUAGCUUCAUCUUACCGUCGGUAAACAUCUAUUUCUAGCCAAUGAGUUUUCAUGUCAUGUAAACUUCAAAGGGGACUAUUCAUAC